CUAACUCCUUAAACCCAUGAUGUGAUUGAUCAAAUUCUUUUCAAAUUUUUUAUACUAGGAGGUUCAGCAACAUCUGAUGACCAUGAAUUUGACCCGUCGGCUGAUAUGCUGGUUCAUGAUUUUGAUGAUGAACGGACAUUAGAAGAGGAGGAAAUGAUGGAAGGAGAAACAAACUUCAGUUCUGAAAUAGAGGAUCUUACAAGGGAAGGUGAAAUGCCAAUUAAUGAACUACUUAGCCUUUAUGGCUAUGAUGGUACAGUCCCACUCCCAGAAGACGAAGAUGACGACGAUGAGGAGGAAGAGGAGGAAGAGGAAGGAGAAGAUGAUGAAGAUGUUGAUAAUGAUGACAACAGUGGAUGUAGUGGAGAAAACAAAGAGGAGACCAUAAAGGAUUCAUCAGGUCAGGAGGAUGAGACACAAUCCUCCAAUGAUGACCCAGCACCAUCUGUUGCUUCUCAAGAUCCACAGGAGAUAAUUCACCCACGUCGAUGUAAAUAUUUUGAUGCAAACAGUGAAAUAGAAGAAGAAUCUGAGGAAGAUGAAGAUUAUAUUCCUUCAGAAGACUGGAAAAAGGAAAUCAUGGUGGGUUCUAUGUUUCAAGCUGAAAUUCCAGCUGGCAUAUGCAAAUACAAGGAGAAUGAGAAAGUGUAUGAAAAUGAUGACCAGCUGCUGUGGAAUCCUGAUUAUUUAACAGAAGAUAAAGUGAUUGAAUUCCUCAAUGAAGCCUCCAGGCGAACAGGAGAUGAGAAAGGACUAGAGGCAAUUCCUGAAGGAUCACAUAUUAAAGACAAUGAACAGGCAUUGUAUGAAUUGGUUAAGUGCAAUUUUGAUACAGAAGAAUCAUUGAGAAGAUUAAGAUUUAAUGUGAAAGCAGCCAGAGAAGAGUUAGCUGUUUGGACAGAGGAAGAAUGUAGGAAUUUUGAACAAGGACUGAAGGCCUAUGGAAAAGAUUUUCAUUUGAUUCAGGCAAACAAGGUACGAACAAGAUCAGUUGGCGAGUGUGUAGCAUUUUAUUACAUGUGGAAAAAAUCAGAGCGGUAUGACUUCUUUGCACAGCAGACCCGAUUUGGGAAAAAGAAGUACAAUCUCCAUCCUGGUGUAACGGAUUACAUGGACCGUCUUUUAGAUGAAAGUGAAAGUGCUGCUUCCAGUCGAGCUCCGUCCCCUCCCCCUACAACCUCUAACAGCAGCACCAGCCAGUCUGAGAGGGAGGACAGCACAACUAGCAACAGUAAUCAAAAUGGUGUAUCCACUAAUGGGCCAGGUGAGAUAUCCAGUAAAGAUGAAGUAAAAAUUGAAGGAUUGCAUGUGAAUGGACCUACAGGUGGUAAGAAAACACCUCACACAGAUCUGGACACAAAUGGAUAUGAAACUGAGAACCUUUCCAUUGACCCUAAACUUGCUCAUUCAGCUGCAAGAAAUGAAAAUGAUUUUGAAGAAAAAAAUGAAAGACCUGCAAAGAGGAGAAGAAUCAACAGCAAUGGAAAAGAAAGUCCAGGUUCCUCAGAGUAUUUUCAAGAAGCAAUAUCAGAGACUUUGGAUGAUUGAAUAUGGGAACUGAUUUUAUUCCUUGGAGUAAAUUCUGGGGUGCCUAAAAUUUUCAGGGUUGAUGGGUUACCUUACAAAAAUCAAACUCCUUGAAGCAAUCUGAGAUUUUUCUUACACCUUUUAGUUGGCUCUGAAGUUCUGCUGUUUUUUCAGACCUGAAAUGCAGAACUGGAAUAUUUUGUUGCACAGAACUAUGGGCUAUUACUGUUCUGGCAACAUUUAGGUAUUUUAAGGUGUUUGAAAAAUGAAUCCAUAAACUUGUUUAUAUGGUAAACACAUUUCCUGCUUAAUUUAUUAAGGAAAUUUCUAUUAUACACAUUCUUCAAAUUGUUUGUAGAUACAGUUCUACUGUACAAAGUAUAUUUUUAAAGA